GAGAUGGAAAAAUCAUCCAACAGUAUCUGCAGUUCUCUUGGCGGUCACGAGCUGUGCUGUGGCGCUGCUCUCGCGCAGUGACGUCACAUCCGCUACUCCUGUUGACACCAGAGCGCUUCCGGUCGUGUUUUCAUGAAAUAUUUGAUCAUAUCGUAUUUGUGCCUCUGUAAGUGAUAUUAAUCGAAGAAGACUCUAAACAAGUCCCGCGUGCGGCGAGGCGCUGAUGAGUUGAUUGACGUGUGUAAAAUCUCAAUGAAGUGGCCUAUUGAUCAGAGAAGACGAUGAAGAGAGCGGCGCGGCACGCGCGGAGGGGCAGAGCGAGCAAACGCGCGAAGACCGACGAGCUCGCGCCGGACACCGGCCGGAUGAGCACUGGCUUCUGUCGACUCUGUCACGGGAAGUUUUCCACGCGGCGGCUGCGGCAGGCGUUUGCGCAGCUGCAGGGCGAGUCCUGCGCCGUGUACCCGCUCUUCUGCACAGACUUCCAGCAGCUCUUAGGAAUUCCCAUGAACAGAGACCCCAGUCUGUCCCAGUUCAUCUGCAACAACUGCCACGCUCAGUUCUACAAGUGCCACAGCAUCCUGCUGGACUUCAGGAACAGAGUCAACCUGACGCCCGUCUCCAGAGACAGGAACAGCACCGAAUGCUCGUCGUCACAGGAAGACAUCACUUUAUUCCGGUCACACAUCACAUCAGAUAGACGGUGUCUGCACGGUCUGGUGUCGUGGGCUCACAGUCACGCGGAGGGCUGCCAUUCCUGCCCUGACCAGCAGGAGGUGCUGGAGGGCCAGUGUCGAGGGGCUCUGAAGGUGGUGUGGGGAUGUGUGGACGGUCACACUUAUGUGAUGGACACCAACGGCACUCAGGCCAGAUCAAACGCUGGACCGGAAACCACUAAAACUCAAUGUGAUGACAGAGCAAAAGCAAACAAAGAUGACCACCAAUCAGCAUCGAGAACUAACAGCGUCCCCACGGUGAGAUCAGGUGAAGCUGCUGCACCUCAGAAUCACAGCAGUGAUGCGGGCCGAACACAAGACAUGCAGUCCUGUGAGGAGCCGGCCACUUCAGUAGCACCACUGAUGAUGGACGGAGAUGAUGCGGACAGUGAUCUCUCAGACAGGAAUGUGUUGAGUGAUGAGGAGUGUGAGGAAAGGAGGAAGAGCGGCUCAUCUGAAGACAGCUCAGAUCUGAACACUGACAAGCGUUGUCUCAGUUCUUCAAAGAAGAAAGAGGCUAAGACACUGGAACCCAAAACCAGGAGGAAACCUGGACCCAAGCCUGGCUGGAAGAACAACAUCAAGGCAGAGCGAGAGGAGCUGCCCACCAUCUACAAAUGUCCUCACCAGGGCUGUACAGCCGUCUACAGAGGAGCCGACGGCAUGAAGAAACACAUCAAGGAGCAUCACGAGGAGGUGCGGGAGAGGCCGUGUCCACAUCCAGGCUGCAACAAGGUCUUCAUGAUCGACAGAUACCUGCAGAGACACGUCAAACUCAUCCACACGGAGGUGAGGAACUACAUCUGUGACCAGUGCGGCCAGACAUUCAAGCAGAGGAAGCAUCUGUCUGUGCAUCAGAUGCGUCACUCCGGAGCCAAACCGCUGCAGUGCGAGGUGUGCGGUUUCCAGUGCCGCCAGCGGGCCUCUCUCAAGUAUCACAUGACCAAGCACAAGGCGGAGGCGGACCUGGAGUUUGCCUGUGUGAUCUGCAGCAAACGCUUCGAGAAGGCGCACAAUCUGAACGUGCACAUGUCUAUGGUGCAUCCUCUCCUGCAGGGCGCCGGUGCUUCUGUUCCUCCAGACUCAUCCGCCAGCAGCCCGUCAGCAGCUCAACACGCCGACUUCAGAUCCCAGCAGACGAGGGCAGACGCGCACCCAUCCGACCUCAGCUACGUGCUGGAUAGUCUUCAGUCCAAACUCACCGACAGCACCGUAUAGACCAGCGGCUCUCAAAGCUCAGAUCCCGAAUCUGACGCUCCCACUUCAGCUGCUGGAGUCUCACUGAGGAACGCUGGAAUAGAGCUGAGAAUGAUCUAGAGCUCGUCACGUCUGUGUUACAGCAGUCCCAUCAGCACCUGCUCAGAGCUCUCUUCCAAAGGCUAGCGAGCCUUUGUUAGAGUGUUUUAAACACUCACAGGUCACAGAACGCUACGGCUAGAGUAAUAUUUUAUCCUCACAAGCUGCAUGAAAAAACAGGGAAGUUAUAGAGAAGGUUUAGAGCUGACAAACCAAAUAUGUCCAGCCCAGUUUAGCCAUGAAACGCUGAAAUCUGGAGUUUGAUCCAACGUUUCUGAACAGCCAAUCACACGAAACACACAGAGCAAUGGUUUCAGUUCACUCUCACGAGAGAGUCGGCGCAAUUCACUCUGCUGUAAGAGAUUGUUACGAAAAUUUCAUGAAUUUAAACGUUUAAAAGGCGGGAAAAAAACACUGAUCUUGCCUCAAAAGUUGGAGAAGGCAGCAGAAAGAAAACAUCUGACUAUAUGAAAGCAGUCAAUCAUUUCUAGUUCUCAAAGAGCUUAAAAAGAAAACACAAGCUUAGCCAUUUUACAAGCUUUAUAUAUUCUAAAG